AGACGAAGGUUGAAUUGGUCAAGCGGAUGGCAAACCUGUCACUUUGAAAAGUUUACCAAUGUUAUUCACAAGAGGUGAAAAGUCCAGUAUUAAUGUAACUCAUGUGACUUUUGGAAUAGCAAUAGUUAUAUUACCAGGUGACUGAAAAUAAGUAGUCUGAAAUAAACAUGGAAGGUGGAAAAUGGGGUUUGAUUAUCAUCUUCUCAGCAUUUAUGAUUCAAUUCCUGGCAUUUGGUACCAGUUUUGCUAUGGGUGUUUAUACUGUGGAAUUCUUAGAUUAUUUUGACAAUGACACAUUUGCAGUGUCAUUUAUUUUGUCAAUAAAUAUAGGAAUGUUUCUAGGAUCAGGACCAAUAGUUAGUUUUUUAAUGACAAAAUUCACCCAUAGAACUCUGGCAAUAGUUGGUGGUUUUAUGAGUUUUGUAGGUGUUUUGAUGAUGCCUGUAUUACCUUAUUUACCCGCUCUGUAUUUCUUCUAUGGUAUUAUAAAUGCUGUGGGUUGCUGUAUGGCAUAUACACCAUCACAUGUAUUAAGUGGAUUGUAUUAUAAUAAAUACCAAAGUUUAUCAACUGGUGUGGCUACAAGUGGUUCAGGAUUAGGAUCAGCUGUGAUGCCUAUUGUUAUUGGUUAUCUCAUAGAGGAAUACUCCUGGAAGGGAUCUUUAUAUAUUGUAAGUGCCAUGAAUCUGAAUAUAGUUGUAUUUGCUGCACUAUUGAGGCCAGUACCUAUCUCUUCUGAAGGCACAUUCCUCAAAGAAUCUCAAAAUUGCUCAGAAAAAAUGAUCUCUGAAGAAAAGGAAAAAGUAAAAAUUCAACCUAAAUUUGUUUUGUGUCUGAAGAACAUCGUUAAAAAACAUUUCUUUAUUUUUCAUGAUUUUGGUUUUGUUGUGUAUUGUUUAAAUAAUGUAUGUUGGAAUUUUACAUGUGGUGUAACUAUGACAUUUAUUCCUGAUUAUUUGGUAAUUCAAGGAAUUCCACGGAUAGAUGCUGCCUUUAUUGUAACUAUCUGUGGUCUUGGAACAUUUGUUGGAGGUGUUGCUGGAGCUAUAUUAGGAAAUAUAACUAUUAUUAAUAGGAUCUUUUUAUUUAGUCUAAGUAAUAUAUUGACGGGUAUUAGUUGUUUUAUUUUUGUAUGGAUCUCAAGUUAUUCUAAUUAUUUGGCUGUUGGAUUUGUUUAUGGCUUUUGUUUUGGAAUAACUCUUGGCUUACUAUUAGUAUUAGUGACAGAUAUUCUUGGGGUUGAGAAUUUAGGACAUGGACUGGGAUAUUUGCUCAUGGCUAAUGGAAUUGGUGCUUUUUUAGGACCUCCUGUAGCAGGAUAUCUAGAUGAAGUAUAUGGUGGAUAUGAACCAGGUAUAUAUACAGCAGGUGUAGUAGCUAUUAUUGGUGGAUUAUUGUUACUUUUAAUACCUCUUUUUAAUUUCUUUACGAACAAAUCUCAGAAGAGAACACAGUGUACAGAGACAGAACUAAUGGAAUGUGAAAUACCUCUCAAGACAUAAACAGGUGAAACUGGUUUCUAGAUUUCUUACAAUAGAAUGUGAUGAUACUCAGAGUUUCAGCUUAAUGUAUAGAAAAACUGUUUGUCUUUGAGACUACACUUUGACUUGUACUAUGAACUUAAAGGUGUCAGGACUUUUGAAUUAACAGCAUUUCAUUCAUAAAUGCAUAAUUUUACUUCUAAAAUGUUUAUUUUAUUUCUAAAAUGUUUAUUUUAUUUCUAAAAUGUUUAUUUUAUGUAUAACACAUUUUUAAAUAUAUUUUUUUUUAAAAGACUUGAUAUUUAAUGUGUUUUCCAUUGUUUAAAAAAUAAAAUGAAGAAUGAUUUUUUAACCUUUAAA